AACCCAUGUUUAGUCAGACUAUUAUCGGUGGUGAAGUCAAAUCAAGUGCGCUAACCGUACCGAUCUUAUAUAAGGAGGUACUACAGCUUUUUUUCAUUUUCACUGUGCCUGUUGCUCCGGUUUAGGGCAGUCUACAUCAUGAGGUUGAUGAAUAACAAAUAUGUCGUCAUACUGGUGCUAGUUCUGCUCCUCGAGCUCACCAGUGCGGCAGCGCCGGUGCGCCGACGAAGAGAUAAUAGCAGCAGUAGUAGCAGCAGUAGUGAAGAAAAAUCUGGAUCACCCAAGGGUGGAAAGGGCGGAAAGGGCGGAAAGGGGGGAAAGGGUGGAAAGGGUGGAGGGUCUGAAGGAAAUGGAGGACAUACAGGAGGUGCAGGCACUGGUAGCGAUGGAGGUAGCGAUGGAGGUAGCGACGGAGGUACCGAUGGAAGUAGCGAUGGAGGUAGCGAUGGAGGUGGUGACGGCAUCGUCGGAAAAACCGAAGGGAUCCUGCUGAAAAUUCCUCUCCUCGGAGGACCUCUGUCCGAAGGAGUUCAGAAGGGUGUGGACGGCUGGAAUUACGGCCAGAAACUCACCAACGGUGCCAUUGGACGUGUCCUCGGUGGUGCUUUUCCCUGCACCCUGGACACCGAUUCAUUCAUCUGCACUGGGGUAUCCACCACCAGCGACGUCUCUGAUCUUGUCGAGAGUAUUCUCGAUCCGAUACCCGGGAUCAUACUACCUGGACCCAUUAAGAGCUUGGUAGUGUUCUUCGUGGAUCUAUCGUGGGCGCCUUUCAUGGACUUCUUAUUCGGUGGUGUCAAGCAAUAGAUCAGGGAUUUUAUUAGUCUGUCAUUGAUGUUUUUUGUAUUGGGAACGGAACAUCGUUUCUUUUAUUUUAGAUAGGAUUAAUUAUUGUUAUUUAUUCCUUUAUUCUCCCGAGUGUAGACCAAUUCUUGAAAUAAAUGAGGACAUAUUGCAACA